AUGGACGCUCAACAGGCUGAAAGUGUCACCAAAGACGCUCCUGCUGAGGGUGUCGUCCAUGCUGUUUUGGCCACUAAACAACCACCGCCAGAAUCCAACCACGGCAUAAAGACACGUAGAUGGAUCAUCUUUUGCUUCUGGGCCAUUGUCGGUCUGCUCGGCCUGCCUAUUUGGUACGCCACGACCACAGUGCCCCGCGCUGCACUGCCCUUGGAGUCUAUGGAUGCAUGGGCCUCAGGUCAGACAUGUAAACUCGAGUUCCCUGUGCACGUUGCCCUCGCUGCUGGUCAUCUCGAUUUUGCAACCACCACAGAACUGGCUCAACAAGUCCAGCAGGGUUUGGACAGACAGAACAAGUCUCCCAUAUACCGCUUGCGAGUAAUUACUUCGAGGCACGGUACUGCAGAUCAGUCAGAUGCGCAAUAUAUUGACCCAUCCACCUCCUCGGCUGUAAGCAGUCAGGCCGCUGCAAAUGUCAAUCUCGUCCUUGACCCAUCUUACUCUCACCCAGUGGCCAAGGUCCAGCCCUUCGACCCCACUCUCAGCAUCUUCCAUGGCUCAUUGUCUUCCUCUCAGCCUUCCGGUGUAUCUGACCUCGCUGGCUUCAUCACGACUGAGCUCUUGAAGCUGUUUGCCGAGGAGCAAGUCACUCUUGACUAUCUCUUGACUGGACAGACUACACAUCAUGAGUCGACGACAGACAUAGAUUCUUCGUCAAUUAUAGAGGGGUACAGAAAGAGGUCUAAUCGCGCUUUCAAGUACGCAUCGACUUACCAUCUGACAUUCUCGCUGUUUACGGGAGCGGCUGCGCCAUCCGCCUGGGAUAUCAAAGCAGCACUCGAUGAUUAUCUGGGCCCCUUCUUGGCUUCUUUCUCAUCCGUCAGCAAGUUUAGCGUCGAUACUCAAGUUCAGCUAUACGCUUCGCUCUCGUCUUCACUUCACGGCCCUCAAUACGACGAGACAUCGGAGCAAUGGACACUUUUGCGCUCUGAUCUGAGUGCAUUUAUCAAUGCGGCAGAGUGGCCUCUCAGUCCGAGCAUUGGUGUUGGCCCCACCAUUAACUUUGUCGCAUACGUGCCCUCGCCAAAGCAGGCUCCAAUGCUGAUUGAAGAAUCGGGCGGUACCAGUUGGCUGAUUCCUCAAUGGGGUGGAGUCCAGAUACUCAAUCCUUCCGCGGGCCAGGAAAACAACACUGUUCUUACUAAGCAUGAUCUCGAGCCGGUUGUACGUAUCUUCGCAGAGCAAUUGGAGUCUCUCAUCGGCUUGCCUCAGUCUCCGCCUUCGCUACCUCUUCGCCUAUCCAGUUUGACACGCGAAAGAGCAGCAUCGCUCAUUCUGUCGGCCUCAUCGACUCUCGGUGCAUUGUCAAGGCUCACGCUCAAGUUGACCAGUAUCGCCAUUCCGCACAACGUCGCCGAUUCGGUGCAGAAGACUAUACAUCACCUGGAGACUGCAUGCUCUCACAUCCACGAUGGCCACUACGACUCUGCGCUGGAACAUGCACGAAUUGCUGAAGCCCAUGCUGAACAAGCCUUCUUCGAACCCUCCAUGGUUGGGCAGGUCUACUUUCCGGAUGAACACAAAGUAGCGGUAUAUGUUCCACUGCUCGGUCCUAUGGCAGUACCACUGGUGAUGGCUGCCUUGAAAGAGAUCAAGAAGUUCAAGCAAGCUCGGGCGAAAACUGCUUGA